AGCAUGGAGAUAGGUCAAACGGCAUCACCGGUCUCACUUUGGCGACACAGCGCAAUAAUCUCUUGAUAUCAGACAUCGUCCGCUGGCCAUCCGUAGCAUCGCCAAUAUCUCGGGUUUGGAGCCUGGGUCAUGAAUGGGCAUUCUCAAGGGGACUUAUAUUCGCCACUGCAAACCCGGAUCGAGCGUUUAUUCCGCACAGGAUUUCGAGCCCCUGACACACCCUGCUGACUUCCCAGUCCUCGAUUUUCUGGGGACUUAAAGAAACAGUAUCUGGAGAUACCUACGCUCCCUGCGGUUAAUUGGAGGUGCAUCGACAAGUCGUGUCUUGUGGCUAGGACCCUUGGCCGGGGCAACAGCUAGAAGAGGCUAGGUGAAUUGCUUGGGUUUGAAGUCUGUAAUCUUUGAAGAGCGGCCAAACCAGCCAAGAUGGGCCAGCCAGAGGCAUAUCAACGAUUAGCACAGCCUGUCGUGAUUGAGGGCAGAAGCAUGGCGGUGCUUUAUGGGUCCGAGACUGGUAGUGCCCAGGAGAUUGCAGUAGAGCUCGGGCAGAUGGCUGAGAGGAUGCAUUUCCAGACGACUGUGGACGAGAUGGAUGGCUUUAAACUGGCCGAUAUUCUGCGCACGUCGCUGGUGGUCUUUGUUACGUCGACGACAGGUCAGGGCGAGAUGCCGAAAAACGCAUGCAAGUUCUGGAAGAACCUCCGGCGUGAGAAACUCAACAACACAAACUGCCUCAAAUCAUUGCGGUUUGUAGUCUUUGGGCUAGGUGACAGCUCUUAUUUAAAAUUCAACUGGGCAGCCAGGAAGCUACGAGCGAGGCUCUUGCAGCUUGGUGCCUCCGAAUUCUUCAAAGCCGGGGAAGGAGACGAGCGACACGAUAACGGCAUCGACAGCAUCUACAUACCUUGGUGCAAGGAGUUCAAGGCAGCUUUGCUAACUGGAUUUCCGCUCCCUGAGUCUGUCGACCCCAUCCCGGACGACAUCCGGCUCCCGCCAAAAUACCCCCUCCGACUGCUGUCCGCUAUGGAUAUCAAGGCGUUGCGCGAGAGCGGCGCUGACGUCGCGCCUCCAACUGACGACGAUCUUAAGUUUCUGGCCUUAAAAAACAAGAGCGCCGCUCGCUCACAUGUCAACUCCCCAAUUCCCGCCGCCGAGCAGCUCCAGGAAGACCGGCGCCGGCGACAUCCCCACUUUCCCGCCUGCUCCGCUCGGCAAGAUGCGAGUUGGGAGCGAGAGAACAACUUCCCCGUCGACGGUUUAGACAAGGAGAACAUCCUCAAAGACCAUCCUGAGAAGUACCUUCUCGAGCGCCCAACAGCCCAAACACCGGACCUUUUGCCGCCAGAUGCAAUUCCUAUCCCGAAUACCUUCCCCGGAAGGCUAGUACAUAACAUCAGAGUGACGCCUGCUGAUCACUGGCAAGAUGUCCGCCAUCUUGCCUUCAACCUCGCGCUCUCGCGUGAAGACGUGAAAGCUGUGCUCCACUGUUCCGGCAAUCUGACCCUUAGAAUCUAUCCCAAAAACUACCCAGAGGACGUCCAGGAAUUGAUCUCCAUGAUGGGAUGGGACGAGAUGGCGGACACACCCAUUGACCUCGAUAGCGCACCUCGAGGUCUAUAUUUCCGUCGUGGUAUUACAACCCUGCGCCAUCUCUUGACCCACAACCUGGACAUUACCGCGGUCCCUAAGCGCCACUUCAUUAAGUCGUUGCUAGCUUUCACAAGGGACGAGAGAGAGAUAGAAAGGCUCCAGGAGCUCACAGCCGCCGGCAAUGAACAAGAAUUCUACGACUAUACGUGCCGACCCCGCCGGACCAUCCUCGAGCUGCUUCGUGAUUUCCAAGGCGUAAGGAUACCCUUCGACACAAUCCUCAGUCUCUUCCCCAUCAUCCGCGGCCGGGAUUUCAGCGUCUGCAACGCAGGAAAGGACAUACUUGGAGACUCAGACGGCAUAGUCCGGGUCGAAAUCCUCGCCGCUCUUGUCGAGUAUAAGACAAUCAUCCGCAAGCCUCGCCAGGGCCUUUGUUCCCGCUACCUCAAGCACCUUCCGGCCGGCGCCCUUAUCUGGGUUGGGUUGAAGGCUGCCACAGGGCCACAGCUUGUUCGCGACCCGGCGUCGGUAAGCCGGCCCAUGAUCGCCAUUGCCACAGGCACCGGCAUCGCCCCGAUCAGGGCUCUCAUUCAAGAGCGCGCAGGCUACCGACACCCGGGCCCGACCUCCCUCUUCUUUGGCUGCCGCAAUAGAUCCGCCGACUUUUACUUUGCUGACGAGUGGAGGGAGUAUCCAGAACUGGUUGUUUACCCUGCCUUUUCCCGAGACCCUGUCCCUCCCCCAGAAUCCCCCGCCACCGCCAGCAGCACUACCACUACCGCCUCCGUCCACAAGGGCAUCGCCGACAUCCUCACCCCGCCUGAGUACGACGCAGGAAAGAAUUACGUGCAGCACCUGAUACGGAAGCACGCCCACGAAGUGGGCCAGUUGAUGUUGAACUAUCCCAUCGUCUGCAUCUGUGGCAACGCAGGCCGCAUGCCACUUUCUGUGCGCAGCGCGUUGCUCGACGCGCUGGUCAUCAGCGGCGUGGUGGAGAACAGGGACAUGGCCGAGAGGUGGUUUGCUGAUCCUCACAAUCUGACGCUCUGGCAGGAGACGUGGUGAAGGGCAAUAAGGGGGGAAGGGGUUGAGAUGACGGCUGAGGAGAUAUACAUACAUAAUACAUAGCCCGCAAACCCCGAGGGGAAAGCAGUCGAGGCAGGAGAAUCGUGAGGGUAAGCAAGGAAUUGGAGGGUAGGCAGGGCAUCUGUGCACUACCCGCUUACAUGAGGAUCUAGUUGUCUCCUUUCCCUGCCAGCCUGCCUGCCGUCUUAUGGUGUUAUCAGGCGUGGGUCUGUGGCGAUCAUCCCAUAGAUAAGGAGAACAGAACUCGGGCACAUCGGUCAUGAAGCGCGUGUGGGGACCUAUCAUCCCGGUUGCCUAGUCACGAAGUCAACAUCCCGUUGCAACUUGGCCAGUGAUUGUGACCGUCCUAUGUUGCAUGGCAAACCUUGAUGAGGGACCCUGCUUUCAGCGGCCUGUAUCAACUCUCAGAUAUGUAUGCGCCGAACAUGCAAGCGAUGUAUCACGGAUCGUGGAACUACCCUAGC